AUGGUCGAUGUCGACGCCGCCGUGCCGAAGGACGUGGAAAAGGGCGCUCCAGCAGACCCGAACAUCGUCGACUGGGACGGCCCUGACGACCCUGCCAAUCCUCGCAACUGGUCCAAGGCGUACAAGCUGAGCAACGUGGUGCUGGUCAGCCUGGCCGUGCUGUACACCAACCUGGCCACGACCGUGUUCGCCCCCGGUGCCAACGUCAUGCAGCGCGAGUUCGGCUUCAAGAGCAGUGCCGUCGAGGUCCUCACCAUCACCAUGGCGUCUCUGGGGUUUGCCCUGGGCCAGCUGUUCGUCCCCUCGCUGUCCGAGGUCUUCGGCCGUGUGCCUGUCUACCGUGCGAGCUCCGUCUUCUACCUGGCUUUUACUGCUGGAUGCUCGCGCAGCACCCAUGUCGCCGAGUUUCUGGUCUUCCGCUUGUGCACCGGCCUCGCUGCUGCGUCGUAUAUAUCGACGGGUGGUGGGACCGUUGCUGAUCUCCUGCCCAAGGAAGAGAGAGGAGUUGCAAUGGCCCUGUUUACCGCUGGGCCGCUCUUUGGUCCUGUUCUUGGCCCUAUCAUCGGCGGAUUCGUCACGGAGAACCUGAGCUGGAGAUGGUCCUUUUAUCUCAUCCUAAUGAUGGCCGGCGCCGUCACCAUCGCCUCGUUCAUCUUCAUGCGCGAAACGAGCGCCGUCACCAUCCUCCGACGCAAGGCCACUCGUCUCUCGAAGAGAACAGGCAAUCCGAACCUGCGUGCUGCAGGUGACAGGCAGACCCCGAUCCCCCACCUCGUUCUUCACACCAUCAGCCGCCCCGUCAGGUUCCUGCUCGUGUCGCCCAUCCUCUGCCUAAUCGCCCUCCACGUCGCCUUCAACUUCGGCGUGACCAUGCUCCUCUUCGCCACCUUCCCGACCGUCUUCGAGGAUACCUACGGCUGGAGCGUGGGCAUUUCCGGUCUGGCCUACAUCGGUAUCGGCGUUGGCUGCGCCAUCGGUAUCUUCAUCUUUGGCAAGUUCAGCGAUCGCAUGCUGCGUGGUAACGGGGGCCCGUACAAUCCGGAACGUCGGUUGAUUCUGAUGAUGUACGUCUCUCCCUUGCUCCCGAUCGGCUUGUUCCUCUACGCCUGGACGACGGAGUCCAAGGUGCACUGGAUCGUGCCUAUCGUCGGCACGGCGAUCGGUGGGCCGGGCGUCGUGGUUCUCAUCUCUUCGUCGCAAACGUACACGAUCGAUAUCUUUGGACCCCGGGCUGCUGCAUCUGCCAUGGCCGGUAUCAAUCUGCUGCGCAAUCUGCUCGGUGCUUUUCUACCUCUUGCUGCCCCGCGUCUCUACACCAAUCUGCACAUGGGCUGGGGAAAUAGUGUGCUGGCCUUUAUUGCCAUGGCGUUUAUUCCUGUGCCAUUCUGGCUCUACCGGCAUGGGCGAUGGCUGCGUGAAAAGUUCCCUGUUAGGCUUUGA